CCAGUCGGAAUUAGGUUAUUUCUGACACAUAAAUCAAUCCCUUUAGUGCCUCCACCUGUACAAAUUUGUACCCUAUGACGUAAUUUUCCAUCAUUAAAAUUCUUUGAAUGUCCAAAUUUCACCAACAUUGGCUUAAGACCAUUGUGAUUUACAAGAGUAUAUAUUUUUUGUCUUAUGUGGUGGAAAUCAGCUUCCAUAGAUAUGACCCCCAAAAACAAUGAAGAAUCUCCCAAUGCAGUUUGGAUCUUGGGGAAACUUGAGCCUGUCAGUUCUGACUAAUUAAACUCAUGUUUUGUUUCACAGCACCACAGCCCAUGUCUUCAUCCACCGUAAAUCAAACAGUCCAUUCUUCAAGUAAGCCUGCCGCUGCUCCAAAGGUAACUAACAACCAACAACCCGCCAUGUCCACCGUCACUCAGAUGGUCCAGCCUGCCCCGGUGAUAGUGUCACAACCACUGACUGAAGUUCCUGGGCCGAUGCGAUGUCCUUCCUGCCAGCAGCAGAUCGUCACAGAGACGACAUUCAUCAAUGGAAAGAUGGUGUGGGUCAUCUGUGGUGUUCUUGGCAUUUUUGGGUUCUGGCCGUGUUGUUUGAUUCCUUUCUUUGUGAAUGCCUGCAAGGACGUGGAGCAUCACUGUCCAGGCUGUAAAAGCCUCAUCCAUGUGUACAAACGCAUGUAGCAAAAAAAAGUUUAUUAAAGUGUUUAUAAAACACAUUUGUUAUGGCAUGAAUAAGGUGUUGUGGCUAUUUAAUGAUGGUGACAGAAUCAUCAUGUAGUGGCCUGAUUCACUAAUCACAUAAAGAGUCUUAUCUUUCAUUGUAUUAGGAAUGUUUAAUACUAAUAUAUUUCACAUUUUAAGUAUAAAAGCUCUAUGACCCCACCGCAUGCAGGCCAGCAGUGAACAGAUAAUCUGAAGAACUUUAAAAGCACAUGAUGUACAAAAAAGUUUUUGACUACUGUGCAAUUUAGACAACACAGACAUCAAGAAUCAGUGUAUGAAUCCCAACAAUGGUGACAACAAUCAGAUAAAACUCACAAGCUACUACAAAGUUGCAGCAAAAACAACAACAAAAAUAAAAGUAGAUGAUAAGGCAAGGCAAGGCAAGUUUAUUUAUAUAGCACAUUUCAU